AUGGCCAAAGGCAAAAUGAUGAGUUACCUAUGGGCAUUUUGUGCAACAUGGUUGUUCUUGAAUAUAAAUAUCCGCGCAUUUUCCUGUGAUUUCGGAGAUCCACUAAAACCACUCAAUAGAAAUGCUCUAGUUGUAUGCGAGAUGGAUAUGGAUGCCAUUGAGACGGCAGCUGUUGUAUGUCCAAACCGAGUUAACGACACGGAAUAUAUCUGGCAUCCUCAAUCAACUCCGAAUGACCAACGUCAAGUGAAGACUUACAUUAGUGAGAGGGGCAUAUUUCGUUCCGUUGCACUUUCGGAUGUAGUGCUCUCCGAAUCUGGGGUUAAACUGUUCAGGAUAGAUUCACCUCGCUUUCACACAACCCUGCGGAUUGACUUACCGAUAAAUGAGCUCUUCGCCAUUACUGAGAACCGUUUGAUAUUCAUAUGUGGACCUCGAGAUUUGGUUUUGAGCUAUGAAUUGCAGCGCCACCUGCACCGCCUUGGUGGCUCCCGCGAAAUACAAUCGUUCCCAUGGAUGCCACCCACGCCACUGACCGAGGAGAUAACCAAGAUAGGGAAUGGAUUGGGCGUAGUUUUCGUGAACAGAGGGCGUGAUAAUAUACCGCUUCAGGGCUGUGGUAGCCGCCCCUCAGCGCUUUUUGCACCGGACAACGUGAUUGCUGUAGACCCCGUAACCGGGGUCCGAUCAUGCGUAGUGGAUCCCAUCUCCGAAACGCGUAUUGGAUUUGUUUGCCAUGGUCGUCUCCAACCUGAUGAUUGCAUGAGAUCGAUCAUAAACAACUAUGGCGUAGUGGUGGCUGCUCCUCCACCUCGCCCUUAUUGGGAAGUCCAAAAUUAUGGACCGUGGGUGGCGGCACGUUAUUUCAACGCAUUAGCAGUACGUCCGUUCAAUGGUGAAUGCAGAUGCAUAGAUCGCAAGACAGGUGAAGUGAAGGCCAGGAUAGAAGUCCGUUCGAAAACCGACUACGUUUGUGACAUCUCAACCAUUAUCCAACGCAGCGAUACGAGUGCUAUAAAUGGCCCUUGGUGUUCUGUGGUACUUCAUCCAGGAAGCACGUUGACCAUACGAUUUCCAACAGCAGCUGUCGAUUCGAGCUUCGACGAAGGUUCUUCGCAGCUGGUGCCUACCGGUGAAUUCGAAGCUGAAUUUCUGCCAAAGUACUUGGCUACACUGCGGCAACUUAAAACUCCAUAUGACGUUGAGCUUUACGAAGAAAUCUCAUACAACAAAGCACUUGCUGGUGAUGCCCUCGAGUUGGAUGUUUCCCAGAUACUCGAUGGCGAAGUAAAACUGAAAUAUCAUGAGGGCAAACCUCUCACGUUACUAAGAGGAGACAACUCGUUUUUGUAUCAUUGGAGACUGAAACCCACGAAUGAGGAUAUCCCAGAUAAGAUACGCGCCGUCGUCAAAGUAUCCUUCGCUUUCACUCAUCGCUACAAGAUCGUCGGUUGCGACCGAGAGCCUCAGCACGUAUUUGAUCCGGCAAUUAGCGAGAUGUAUUGCUCCACCAAGUCUAUGGGCAAUGGUAUAGGAAACAUUUAUGAAUGCCUGUACCAGAACAUUGGGCAUAGUAGUCAGGUUGGUAUUCAUUGCACAACCGAUGAGGAACUGUUGCCAACUAACUGUGAGUCCACAGCGUACGACCUUUCAUCCAAUCUAGCGAUGUCAUUUCCCGAAUCUAUGCGUAAUGCAACUCCAUACCCGAUUCGAGGAUUUCAGGUAUUCGACAUUGAAUUGAACGGCGAUAGCCCUGCCAGUUAUGCUUGUGUCUGCGUUGAUCAACGUGGGUACGAAAAAUGCAGGCUUAUCGUAGAGCAAAAUGCACAUCAGAUGUACAGCUUCGCAACAUACCGUCGAAAGGUGAAGACUAGCUGGUUACUUGGAGGCGUCUCGCCAGGUCGGGAGGUCGGAUUGUUUCUCGAAGUAUCCACACGAGAAAGACCGAUUAUGUUUAAACACAAACCGAAGAGGACAAUUACACUACAUGUGGGCACAACUUUGUCUAUGACAUGUGAUCUUGAUUCCAACGAACAGAAUGGUGCAAGUGAAGAAGUCAUACCAUCGUCAUGGUGGCCAAAAGAACCCGACGUUUUCUAUUAUACCAUUAAUCGGGCAAAAUAUGGGCCUCAGCUUUUUAGUAAGAGAUACACAGAUUCAAUCGCUAGUACUCCGAAUGGUUUUAGAAUCACGUACAAUGUUUUUGAAAGGCAAGGAUUUGAACGUGUGACUAUAGAAUCGCGUAAAGGUGCCAUCUUGGUGUCUAAGGAUGCAGACAAGGAAUAUGUAUCGACAAUGUUCGUCUGCGGCAAAUUGCUCGAACCAGUGGACAUAGGUGUAAUACGUGGCGCUGUACCUGCAUCUGCCAGGCCCCAUAUCGUUGAAUCGUCACGACGAUACAAGUGGCACGUAGUCGAGGUUGCCGUCGAGACAACGGACCCCUACAUGCAAGGCUGCGGCUUUACCCAGCCUUCAGUUGAAUUAUUCAAGCCCGAGACACCCCAACUCUACGACGCUGACGGGCAACCUCAGUUCGGCUGCAAUAUUGAUCUUCAAGCUGCCAAGGAAGCAGCGUUCUACUGCCCCGCACCGUACGUCCUGGAUCCGCCCAACUGCUUCAGCCAAGUUUACGUGGAAGGGGUUGUAAAGAACACAGGUGAACUUAGCAAGUCGUUAGUAGCGUCUCAAUCUAACCACUUCGUCAUCCUGAGCUUCGACAGUUCACUCGUCGGAGUCGGGGAGACCCUGCACCAGACGCCGCCAUUGCAAUGUCGCUGCGUCACCAUUAAGGGUGUCGUUCUCUCCACCAUCCAGAUCGAUAACUAUUACUCAAACUGA